AUGCGGCCCGGGAGGGCGGAUCCUUUGACUUGUUUUUCCAGUCGAAUCGUUGCGGUGGCGGCGUUGCUAGCCGUGGUGCCAGUUGUGGCCCUGGGGGCUCGCCCGAGUGACCAGUUAUUUCCCUCCUCGACCACGGCCUACGUUUCGGUAGGCGACUGGCCGGAACUGCGCGAAAGCUGGAAUAAAACCCAACUUUCGGAGCUGAUGACCGACCCGGUGAUGGAGCCGUUUGCCGACGAUCUCCGCCGACAGCUCGACGAGCGUUUCUCGGUCACCGAGAAGCGGUUGGGCCUUUCGAUGGACGAGCUGAAGGACCUGCCCACCGGGGAAGUUUCGCUGGGUUACAUCUACGGCGGCCGGGGUGAACCCUCGCUGGUGAUGCUGGCCGACGUGACCGACAACAUCGACGCGGCCGAGAAGAUGAUGGCCGACGUUCGCAAGAAGCUGGAAGAACGCGGUGCGACUCGCAGCACCCGCGAUGCGAAUGGGGUGGAGAUCGUGCUGUACGAACUGCCGCCGGAUGAAGAAACCGGCGAGCGUGGCACGGCCGCCUAUGCGUUGCACGACGCGGUGUUGGCCGUGGCCGACAGCGGCGACACCCUGGCCAGCGUGCUGGCUCGCUUCAAAGGCGAGCACAAGGAUACACUGUCGACCGUGAAGCCCUACACGGCCAUCAUGGCAAGCUGCAAAGAAGCGGCCGGCGACUUGGUGCCGCAUAUCCGCUGGUUUGUCGAUCCGUUCGCCCUGGUCGAUGCGGUGCAAGUGGCCUCUCCGCCGGAAGAGCAGCAACAGGCUGCCGCCAUGAUUGCCACGCUGAAGAAGACCGGCUUCACGGCCAUUCAAGGUGCGGGCGGGUUUAUCAAUGCCUACUCCGACGGGUUCGAGCUGUUGCACCGCACGAAGGUGUAUGCCCCGGGGCCGUACGAAUCGUCGAUGAAGAUGCUUUCGUUCCCCGAUGGCGGAAAGUUAGAGCCGCAGGUGUGGGUGCCCAUCGACGUGGCGACCUACUCGUCGUUCCAUAUCGAUAUCCUCAAUGCCUUCGAUAACUUUGGCCCCUUGUUCGACAACCUGUUUGGCGAAGGGGAAGAAGAUGAAGGCCUGUGGGAAGACGUGAAGCAGAGCCUGAUCGAAGAUCCGUAUGGCCCUCAGGUCGACCUGCGAGAAGAGAUCUUCGUUCACAUGGGCACGCGGGUGACGAUCAUUUCCGACUACGAACUGCCGAUUACGCCGACCAGUCAGCGACGUUUGAUUGCGAUCGAGGCGAAGAACGAGCCCUCGCUGUUGGCCGGGGUGAAGAAGUCGCUGGAAGUCGACGAGACGGUCGAGAUUCGCAAGUUCCGCGAUCACACGAUUUGGGAGAUGGUCGAGCCGGAGGCCACCGAGGCCCCGAUCGAGAUUCAAAUUGAAGGGCUCGAGACCGACUUUGGGAGCAGCCUGGAAGUCGAUGAGAUGGACGAAGGCGUAGCCCUGCCGAAUGCCGCGGUGUGCGUGGCGUACGGCAACCUGUUCAUUGCUUCGCACCCUGAGAUUAUUGAGAAGAUUCUGGCCAAGGCGGAUGAUGACGCCCGGCUGUUGAGCGAUACGGUGGACUACCAACAGGUGCUGGAACAACGAGACCGUGUGGAUGGCACAGGCGGGUUCGGUAUCGUUUUCGCCCGACUGGAUGAAGAGUUUCGGGCCAACUACGAGCUGAUGCGAACCGGGCAGAUGCCGCAAUCGGAGACGGGCUUGGGUACGGUGCUCAACGACAUGUUGGGAAGUAACGAGCCUGGGGCCGUGCCGCGGGAGUCGGAGUUCGACGCCAGCAAAUUGCCAGAGUAUCAGGCCGUGCGUCGCUACAUGGGGCCCUCGGGGGCGUACAUGAAGAACGACCAGGACGGUUGGUUCAUCGUGGGGUAUUUGUUGACCCGACAGGGCGAUUCGCCGGCGGUGCUGACCGCCGAGGGCACAACGCAGCCGGAAGCGUCUGAAGCUCCGGUUGAAUAG